AUGGCCAGAAAGAAAUGGACAGGAGGAUGUGGUUUUACUGGGGAGAUGACUGUAGAGCUCCUGUCUCAACAAGACUACAUCAAAGGAGCCAGAGCUUUUGAUUCAGUAGCAAGAGAAGAAAUAGAAAAAUUCACCACAGCUAUCACCCAUGUGACAGUGAUGAAAGGAGACAUUUGAGGCUACAAUCUGCUCCUUGCUGCCAUGCGGGGAGCUCACGUGGUUAUUCACACAGUGGCUAUUGUGGACUACAGAAACACUGUGCCCUUUUGGGAAAUGAGAGCUGUCAAUGUUGGGGUAAGCGCUUUAAAACAAGCAAUUAAAUACAGCCUUCAAUUCACACACCUUGGUGGAGACAGACAAGAGGCUAUGACAAACACAGCUGCGCUGAUUUAUGGGACCGAAUGCAUCCUGCGAGCCAAUGCUCAGGCAAGGCCAGUGGUUAAGGCCCUGGAGAGCACUGAUUGCAGAAUAAAUCACUUUGUGACAACUGUCUCCAAGUCCUCUGCUCUACUCCAUGGUCACUCAUCAUGUCUCACAAUCUAUUUCAGAGAAAAUGAGGACACCAAAUACAGUGGGGAUGUGGAGCUGCCUUAUGGGAAAACAAAAGCCACAGCAGAAAAACUUGUAUUAGAAGCCAAUGGAAAAAAGCUGAGCAAUGGUGCUAAACUCACAACCUGCAUCAUCCCUGCAAACACCAUGUAUGGGAAGAAAGCAACGUUUCUUCAAGAGCUGUAUUUGCUCAGCAGAGCCAGGAGCAGUGUCUUGAACUACCUGGAGCCUGAAAACACAGAGUGGAAUUACACAUACGUGGGGAACGUGGCAUGGAUGCAUGUUCUUGCCUCAAGGAACUUGCAGCUGAACCCAGACUUACUCACAGGACAAGCGUAUUGUGCCUAUGCUGACACUCCAACAAAAAAAUGUUUCCUGAUCAGGCAUCAGCUGUUGCCCUCCAUGGACCCCUCAGUGAGACUAGGCUCCCACAUUCCUUACUGGAAGACGUGGUUAAUGAUAAAAGUGCACAGGAUAGUCAAGGUCAUCCUGUACCCUUUCUGGAAGCCACAGCCUUUCCUGACCUUGCCUCUACUGAAUAUGAUAGUCACCACCUUCUCCUAUGAGACAGACAAAGCCUCCAGGCAUUUUGGGUACAAACCCCUCUUCACCUGGUAAGACAGCAAGCACAGAACUGCACAGCAGUUGAAAGCAGCUGCAAGGAACCUGGAACCCCCCCAGCUUCAUGAAAAGAGCAACUAAACAGCAUGUCUGGGGUAACGAGAGAGCUUAUCACACCAGCAAGUUUCAUCUGAAUUGCUCAACAUGCAUUCAUCUUUGGCAGGAAUUUUGCAAACACUGAAAAUCCUGGUACAGAGACAGAGAAGGAGCAACUCUCAGGCUGCAAGUAUGUACCCUUGUCAUGGCAACAACUCAGCUGUUUUAGAUGUCUUACAAAACACUGUGUGCAUCUGAAGGCAUCCUCUUGCAGCUAUGUGCACACAGGCAAAGGGGUGGCUGGCCUCACCCCUUCUCAUGGUGACACUGCUGCAUGGAGAUCACUUGUGGGAAUGAGAGAUGGAUUCAGCUGGGAGAUGGUGCUCAGCAAACACACUUAACCAGUUUCAUUCCACAGCCUCCAUCUCUUUCCAUACUCAGCAAAUGGAUCUCUCCCUUGCCAUGGUUCAUACACAAAAUAGGUAUUCGGUGAUAAUUUUAGGGAAAACAAGGAAAGCCCAGCAAGUUCUUGCUCUGUUUUAGGGUUUCAUAUAACGAAUAAAGAAUUGCCCUUUUCAA